UGUUGUCCUUUAGCGAUUGGUUGUUGGACCAGAAACAGCGGUGCAGAGCCGAGCCGGGUAGUGGGGCUGUGGACCUGAAUGCAGGUUAGCGGGCUGGCAGUGACUGACACCGGGGGCUCGAGGGACAGCGAAGAAGAGCCGGAGGCGCCCUCGCUGCGUCCUCCAGGCGGCGUGGACCAGGUGCCCGGGCGUUUGCGGCUGUCGGCGGAGCCCCGGGUGGCGCCCCCUCCCCCGGAUCUAGCUGCCUCCGGGAUUGGCGCAGGUGGGCAAGGCAGGGCACCGCAGACUGCCCUGUUCCCACCGAGCGGUUUCUCUCCCUUUCUGCAAGCGGGAGGCGCCAUCCUAAAAAGAUGUAAAUAUCCGAGCGCUGACUCCUGGCUGGGGUACCAGCCAAGUCCCAGAGCCGCCGCAGGGUGUUUUACAUGAAAAUGAGAAGCCUGACAGGAUCCGUGCUCUAACUUAAGGCAGCUCGGUGAUUAGCGUGAGGCUGAGCGGCUUCCCGGCUUCCGGUCCUUCAAUAGCUGUUCUGCGCGCUCGCGACUGAGCAGCGGUGCCGCCGUGCGGGUGGCGAUCGGCAGGCUCCGCAUCCUUGGCAGCCAUGGCUCCCGUCGCCGCCGCGGCCAGUAAGUAGGAGCAUGCCUGUGUAGGGGGGCACAUGCGUGUCGGCGCGCGCGCGCACACACGCACACGCAGACACGCACGCACACCACCCUGAGCCUUGGAAGGAGGAAGAUCGACGAGGCGCUGCAGUCGCGAGGACUCUUCCUGGAUUCGGCAGGGGCCCGCCGCCGCAGCUGCUGACUGCAGAGCCUGCUCGGAUCCUGUGCACACGCGCCCCCCAUCCGAGCCUCUGUAAUGAAGACUGCCUCCCGAGGACUGCAGGGGAGGCAGAGCCAGCCCGCGCCCGGGACUGCGGGCCGCGCGGCUGAUAGGCCCAGGGGGACACGACUUGGACACUGUCAUCCCCACGCCUCGCUCUGAGCCGCCCGGUGCGGAGAGGGUCUGCCGCCGCCCCUCCGGCUUCCCGGGCGCCCGAUCCCGGGUCACCACCGGAGGCCUGGGCUUCCUCAUUUGUUUGGGUCUUUUGUGCCGUGGCUCACAGUUGGCUAAGCACUCCUGCGCUGAAUCGGGCCAUUGUCUGCGCUCCCAUUGCUUUCACGCUGCAAGUCUCGGCGCCCUCACCCCGCCCGCCCCCUCCCCGCCUCCUCCUGGCCGGGGAGCCUCCUAACGUGCCUUUCCCCCCAGGAAUCUGGAAGCUAUAAGCCGGGCGGAUUGCAAAUGAAGUGUAAUGCAUUGUGGGACGUGUGUAAAAUCGGAGCCUUCGCCGUGGGGGGGUGUGGGGGCGUGGGGAGGGCCGGACCCGCCGCUGGCGGUGUAGACGCCGACGAGGAGGGGCUGGGAAAAUGCGCGCAGAGUCCGCCCGGGUCGUGCCCGCCGUAGACGGAUGAAGCCGCGUGCUGCGCCCCGGCGCUGAGGCCCCGAGGAUCGGGGCAGCGGGUCGCCCUCCCCACCAUGAAGAAGACCCGGAGCACAACCUUGCGGCGAGCCUGGCCUAGCUCGGAUUUCUCAGACCGGGCCUCGGACCGCAUGAGGUCCCGCAGCGAGAAGGACUACCGCCUGCACAAGCGCUUCCCCGCGGCCUUCGCGCCCCAGGCUUCGCGGGGCUACAUGACAUCAGGUGAUGUGUCACCAAUCAGUAUGUCUCCCAUCAGUCAAUCUCAGUUUAUCCCACUGGGGGAAAUCCUUUGCUUGGCCAUCUCCGCAAUGAACUCGGCAAGAAAACCUGUCACCCAAGAAGCACUGAUGGAGCACCUGACCACCUGUUUCCCAGGUGUUCCCACCCCAAGCCAAGAAAUUCUCCGGCAUACGCUGAACACGCUGGUCCGGGAGCGGAAGAUCUACCCGACUCCAGAUGGCUACUUCAUCGUAACCCCACAGACUUAUUUCAUAACUCCUUCCCUCAUAAGAACUAACAGUAAAUGGUACCAUUUGGAUGAGAGGAUACCUGACAGGUCUCAGUGUACCUCUCCCCAGCCCGGGACCAUCACGCCCUCUGCCUCAGGCUGCGUCAGGGAAAGAACGUUGCCCAGGAACCACUGCGACUCUUGCCACUGCUGUAGGGAAGAUGUGCACGGCGUGCACACGGCCACCCUGCAGAGGAAGACCGCCAAGGACUGCAAAGACCCGUACUGCCCUCCUUCCCUCUGCCAGGUGCCACCCACUGAAAAGAGCAAAAAUACUGUCAACUUUUCGUAUAAGACGGAAACUCUCUCCAAACCUAAAGAUAGUGAAAAGCAGUCCAAAAAAUUCGGACUCAAGUUAUUCCGGCUCAGUUUUAAAAAAGACAAGACCAAACAGCUAGCCAAUUUUUCUGCCCAGUUUCCUCCCGAAGAGUGGCCCCUGCGAGAUGAGGACACGCCAACUACUAUCCCUCGGGAGGUGGAAAUGGAGAUCAUUAGGCGUAUUAACCCGGACUUGACCGUGGAAAAUGUCAUGAGGCACACUGCACUAAUGAAGAAACUUGAAGAAGAGAAAGCGCAUAGGAGUAAAGCCGGGUCCUCCGCCCAUCACAGCGGAAGAAGUAAAAAGAGUCGGACUCAUCGCAAGUCCCACGGAAAGUCUCGGUCGCACAGCAAGACGCGAGUGUCCAAAGGAGACCCGUCAGAUGGCUCCCAUCUGGACAUCCCGGGUGAAAGAGAGUAUGAUUUUUGCGAUCCUCUUACCAGGGCUCCCCGGGAAGGCUGCUUCAUCAUCGAACACAAAGGUGAUAACUUCAUCAUGCAUAGCAAUGCGAACGUGAUUGAGUCUCAUUUCCCCAUGACUCCAGAAUGGGACGUGUCUGGGGAACUGGCCAAAAGGAGAACUGAGAUGCCUUUUCCUGAGCCUUCCCGGGGAAGCUCCCACUCAAAAGUGCACCGAAGCCACAGCCAUACCCAGGACCGAAGGUCCAGGAAUGAGAGAUCCAACAAGGCCAAGGAGAGGUCCAGAUCCAUGGAUAACUCCAAAGGUCCUCUGGGUGCUUCUUCUCUGGGGCUGCCUGAAGACCUGGCUGAAGGCUGUAGCCAAGACGACCAGACCCCCAGCCAAUCCUACAUUGACGACAGUACUUUAAGGCCUGCACAGACUGUCAGUCAUCAAAGGGCUCACAUUUCGUCCACAAGCUACAAGGAGGUGUGUAUUCCAGAAAUAGUCAGUGGCAGCAAGGAACCUCCCAAUGCUUGCAGCCUCUUGGAGCCAGGCAAACUGCCCGAGAGUUUGCCAUCCUUUGGUGAACUCAACUCCUGUCCAACAAAAACAGCUGCAGAUGACUAUUUCCAGUGUAACACCUCCAGCGAGACGGUGCUCACGGCGCCAUCACCUCUGGGAAAGAACAAAGAGGACCAUGACACUCUGACCCUGGCGGAAGGGGUGAAAAAGCUGCCUCUGUCGGACAGGCAGGCCCCGCAUCCCUCCAGGGAGCCUGUAGGGCACAAGGAGGAGUCGCCAAAGGGGCCGGGCGGGGGCCCAGCGGCUUCGGGCGCUGUGGCCGAAGGGAUUGCCAAUGGACGCCUCAUCCAGCAUCACAGUGCCGAGCCCAGCAGCCUGGACAAGAGGAAAGAGAUAUUCAGCAAAGACACACUGUUCAAACCUCUUCACAGCACCUUGUCUGUAAACAGCUAUCACAAAUCAAGCCUGUCUGUCCUCAAAUCUCACCCGAAGACACCUGCGGACACACUGCCAGGCCGAUGUGAGAAACUGGAGCCGUCCCUAGGGACCUCGGCUGCACAAGCCAUGCCAGCUUCCCAGCGCCAGCAGGAGUCCGUGGGGAACCAGGAGGCCUCUUUUGACUAUUACAACGUCUCUGAUGACGAUGAGUCUGAGGAAGGGGCAAACAAGAACACAGAGGAGGAGAAAAACAGAGACGAUGUGGGAACCAUGCAGUGGCUCCUGGAAAGGGAGAAGGAAAGAGACUUGCAGAGGAAAUUUGAGAAGAACCUCACCCUCCUUGCCCCAAAGGAAACCGACAGCAGCAGCAACCAGAGGGCCACCCAUUCGGCACGUCUGGACAGCAUGGACAGCAGCAGUAUCACGGUGGACAGUGGAUUCAACUCCCCACGCACUCGGGAGAGCCUGGCUUCCAACACAUCAAGCAUAGUGGAAAGUAACCGUCGUCAGAACCCUACCUGGAGCCCGGCCCAUGGUGGAGCUGGCCCGGCCUUCAAUUUCCGAACAAGUACGGACAGCCCCACAAAUGAAGCUGAGAAAUUACAGAAACCUUCCAGCUGCUUGCAAGCUUCUGUUACUAGCGUGUGAUAGUCAUUCUGCCUCAGAUCUCCUGUCUCAUUCGAUACAGCCAAGUUUACGGCACUGGGACUGUUGUUUACAUCUUCGGGAAGACAAGCAUCUCAACGGCAGUUUUUGUGUUGACUUAAACUGUGCUGCUAAGUAGGCUAGGGCAGAAAACAACAACAACAAAAUCUUCAUUUCAGAGUAUUGCUUUUCGCAUUUAUGGCUCUGUAGCAACAAGAAUAGCAGUAGGGGUGAUAUGUGUACUUUUGCUUCACUAAUUGUUAACUGAGCACACAUAGGAAAGUCUAGACACUGUCAGUGUAAUAUGCAUUUUCGAUGUCAUGCGGUUGCCAAGUCCAUUCUAAAAUGCCACAGAUGUGUGUUGCUCCCAGCCUGUAACCGAGUGCUGCCACAGAACACUGAUCCUUGACACUUCCAAAACCAAAAAACAAAACAAACACUAAGCCCCCACAAAAUGUCAAAUGCAAGGGUCUACCUUUAGGGAAAUCAAUGCCAAACUGACUAAAGGGGACCCCAGCCCAUCGUGUGUGAAUCGUUUAGGCCCCAGUCAUUUUGCACUGUGAGUUUUCGUGACAAGAUUUUGCAGGAGCCCAUGGAAGCGUGUCAGAAGGGGUCGUGAUCCAAAUACUGGGAGUGUUUGUUUUCAGGAUUUUAAGUGUCACGGAUGCUUGUCUGAUUUUUUUAAACUUCCAUAAUCACAAACAGGAAUAUAGGCCUUUGAAUCUGAAAUGGACAAAGGAAGGGUCUCCCAGCCUGGCUGGGGCACAGCACUAAGUGAUGGGAGAGGUAAUGGGGACCUGUAGAGGUGUUCAUCAGAUACUGAAGGAAGAUCAUUUCCUCCUUGUGAUACUUGACGGUGAUGCUAUCUUGCUAUAAUAGAUAUGAUAAUUUGUUUAAAAUCAAAAUGUUCUUUGUGAUACAAAUGAAGACUACGGCCUGGGGACGUUAUUCUUUCUAAUGGAAGGACAUAAAUCUAUUUUAUGUAGUUUUAAAUAGAAUGCCUAAAUUAGGCUGUGGGAGAUAAUUUUUAGUGGUUAUAGGAAAGAGCAAAUUUAGGGGGAGUUGAACUUCAGGCCUUUUAUUCCUGGGAAGAUAUCUAUAGAGAAAACUUUAAAAUACGUUUUGAUUAGAAAUAUACAUGUGCCCAUGUAAUUAACAACAGAAUGUGAUCAUUCUGCGAGUGUGAUGCCAUCCUAACUUGUACGCCCCUAAAAUUUAUUAGAAUAACAAUUAUGCAUACAUGAACUAUGCCAGAGUAAUGUUUACAGAUACUUCGUAACCAGUUUCAGGAGGCAUUUUUAGGCAGAUGUAUAGUUUUUAGCCCAACUUAUUUCAGAAUGGUUUGUUAACAUUUUGCUUUGGUUUACAAUAUGUCAUGUUGAAUACAAAGAAGGUUCUCAGCAGCAAAGGGAUUACAAAUAAUCAAGAUUCAGCCUUCUAAGAAAGAGGCACCUCCAAGUUCCCAUGUCUUAUUUUAUGAGAACCAUGGAAUAAAUCUAUAGAUAACGGAAAAUUAUUCACAAAAGGGUUACAUGUGACACAAGUAAAUGGUCUGACAAAAAGUUUUAUUUAGUUAAGUGGCAUGUGAUGUUUGGAGCCAUAUACCGUAAAAUAUGUAUCCAAAAAUUUUCACCUCAGAUUUCAGCAAUUGGCAUAGGAUCUGUGAAACACUUCUGCUUCGGUAUUAGGUUGAAUCACUAGGCAUCUGUUUAAAGCGUGGAGUCAUAUACACAGUUGAACUGUUUCUUGAAACAUUGGGGUCCUUCCUCAUGCUUUUUCAGAUAUCUGGAAGUUGCAUUGGGUCAAACUGGACUCACCAAGUUCAGUAUAGAUUCCUUUUUUUGUGCUUAUAGUGAAACGUGAGCACGUUUCUUGGCAAACUCCCACACCUUUAAGAUGCUUAAGUCAGUUGGCUUUCAGUCUCAUGCCUUAUUUCCUCCAAGGCAUGCCUUGAUUGCUCAGAAAUGCACUCUUCUCUCACUGCUUAAAUUUGUCUGGGAGGAAUGAUAACGUAUCGAAUAGACUAUAUACAGAGUCUGUUUCCUUGGGGAGUUGUAUGCCACACAAUUACUAAAUUCUUCUAAAUUCUUUUUUUUCCCCAAAACCCUGCCCUCCAGCGUCUGUCACACUGUCAGUUCCUAAAUAAUAGAACCAUUGAAACAAUACAUCAGCCUCUAGUUGAUCCUCCUAAAGUAGCCAUUAUAAUAAUCAAAUACUGUGUGAACAGGAAAGGAAAGCAUUACCUUUAAGAGAAGCUUUAAAAUACGAAUUUAUCAAUAUUUCACAAGAAAUAGGCUUACAGAAGACAUUGGAAUAAAAUGUGUACCACGCUUUGCCUGAUGCUAUGAGGUACAUGAUUAAAAAAAAAAAAAAAAACUCCCUUAGACCAGCAGCCAUUAGCAUAGAAAUGAUGGACUUCAAAGAGGAUAUGAUGUGAGCAGACGUUCCACGUAGAAAUAUGCCCGUCUGAAUCGAAUCGGGAUUCUUGAACGGGGGAGAAGUGGUGGCGGGAAGCACAUUACAAAUAUGACCCUAGAUGGUCUGCAGUGAUGUUCUCAGUGACCCACUCCAAGCUUUGCCAGCAUCCUUUUCCUCCAGGAAACGAUAGCUUUGUGGCCCAUGGCUGCUUAUCUAGACUUCACUUAGAGUUUAUCAACUGAAAGGUUUACAAAACUGAAUCUGGUUGAAUCUCUGUGUAGUGUUCAACUUUAGAGGGUCAACCCAUCUGUCGGCAUUUUGCACACGUAUGUAUUAUUAUGAUACAGCAUAUUACUUUAUGGUAAUUUUUAUUUUUACAUAUAACUACCUCCAUAAAUUUGAUGAAGCGGCAGCAGUGCGUUCAAGUGUAUUGUUUGGAAAAGCAAAGUUGAAAACUUUCUUAACCAUUAGGCCAUGGCGUUCUGUGUGUGUGUCAGUGAUUAUGUGGACUUGUGACUGUUUCAUUGCCAUGGUUUUUCUCUGACGGCAUUAUUUCACUCUCGUCUGUAAACCUGUCUCUCUUCUUCCCCAUGAAAGCACACUUGAAUUUGUUGUGAAUGAAAAAAGGAAGUUUAAAUUUCUUGUCCCCCCUGCCCCGGCUCCUGCCACCAGCCCCGGACCUCAUUCCUGCUAUGAGUUCUCUCCGGCGAAGAGCCACUUGAUAAACAUAAUUUAGCAAGCUAUUGACUCCUAUAAAAUCUGAUCUGAAUUCUAGGUUUUCGGUCACAAGACACACCAGAAAUUUGGACUGCCAACUUUGAAGCACUUUGGGCCUCACUACUUGCAUGCUACCAUAUCGAGCUCAGACUUCAUUUGAAUUAAAAGAGCUGUGCGUUGUAUCCACAACUUCUGUUCCAUAAUUCGUAUUUCAUUUUAUAUAUUUUGCACAUCUCAGGGGACCUUCAUAAGCAUAUGAAAAGGGGGAGGGGUCCAUCAAAAAAAGGAAACAAAUAAGAAGAGCAGAAAAAGGACUUAGCUGGAUAAAAGUAACAAAUGAAGGCUUCUCCAAUGUUGUGAAGUUCAAGUUCAGGAAGCAUCCAUUGAGAGUUAAUCUGGAGUCACAACAAUCUGAACACCAACUGUUCCCCAGUCUCCCUUUUUCAUAACCCAACCAGCAUUUCUAAAAUAUAAAUUUAAAUUAUAUUGCAGUCACCAUGGGGAGAAAAAAAAAAAACCUGUUCAGCCGUAACAAAAGCAUUGUUUGUUUUUUAGGUUGGCACAGCUUUGUAAAAUUCUACCCAGGAUAAGCCACUUAUCACCACAAAGUGUACUUGAAAAUAAAGUUUUUAACUUAAAUGAAAGGCAUAUUGCUCACAGUACAAUAGUGAUCUUGAUUUGAAAAGUCUAACAAUUUAUAACACGGGCAGUAUUUGGAGCUUGAUUAAAAACCAACAACAACCUAUGAGGACUUUGCAAACUCAUUCUGGGAUCUCAAAGUGCUUCCAAAGCAUUCGGAUUCACAAUUAACAAAGCAGGUCAUAUUUGUAAUACCUAUACUUGAAAUGAAUAAACAGGAGGAGUGACAUAAGAUUACCCGGAAACACAGUGGCAGCUAUCAGUGAUCUAUUUUCUAUCUGUUUGAUAGACCAUCAUGAGAAAUCACGAAAUACAAUGCUAUUUUUCUGAUGUGUGCUAAUAAAGUCAAAGAAAACGAA